AUGUCCACCACACCCCAAAAAGCUACUGCUGCCAAAGGUGAUGCAACGCCUACGGCUGCAGCCCCAGAAAAGAUGGAAGUGGAGGAGGCACUCGAUGAGGAAAUCCUCCGUAUGGCUCCUGAAGAUCUCAAAAGCAGAACGCACUUGUUGGAUAAUGAAAUUCGCAUAAUGAGAAGUGAAGUGCAGCGAAUCAACCAUUCCGUUUCUACAUUGAAAGAACGCAUAAAAGAGAAUAAUGAGCGGAUCAAGGUGAAUAAGACCCUACCAUAUUUGGUGUCAAACGUUGUCGAACUUCUAGAUCUGGAAGACAAUCAAGAAGAAGAGGGAGCCAACGUUGAUCUGGACGCUCAUAAAACCAAAUGUGCUGUUAUCAAAACCUCGACGAGAGCAACUUAUUUCUUACCAGUUGUGGGCCUGGUUGAACCAUCAGAAUUAAAGCCGGGAGAUCUAGUUGGCGUGAACAAGGUUACUAGUAAUUUACUCUAA